AUGGAAGCUGGCCAGGCAGGCCAUCAACAAUGGCUGCAACAGGAACUGCGCAAGCUGCCUACCUCGGAAAUGCAGAGCAUUAGCAUUUGGCUGCAACAGGUGUUGCAGGCUCGCCUUCAGGCAGAGGCCGGCCAGGGCUCAGCAAACGCCGAGGCAGCUACUGCUCCUACACCGGCGGUGGCCAGCGCCGAGCCCCGUGAGAAGCCUCCGGCGUCCGGCCGAGCCCCGAACGGUGCCAGCAUCGGGGAGGCAGCCCAGAAAGAGACGAGCCGAGACACAGCUAGUACGAAAGAGCCUGCCAAGGUGAUGCAUGUCCCCAUGCAGGUAGAUCCUGCGAAAUCACCAGAAGGAAGGCAGACUGCCGACAUUCAGAGCAGCGCGAACACUCAGAGCCAAGACUCCAGGGAGAGGACCAAAGAGGCGAAGGAUCGCAGCUCCAAGGAGCCAGAGGCCAAGAGCACAACGGACACCAAGAAGGAGUUGCCGGCUUCUACACCAUCGGCCCUCAAUGGAACCUCGACGGAGGCAUCUCGAGGCCACAAACAGCGAAGCCGCAGUCGGAGUCGCUCUCCCAAGGCCCCCCCAGCACGCAGCGACACGCCACAAACCGGGCGGGAGCCUACUAACAGCGCCCCAAAGCCGCAGCCCACUCCCGCCGAUACAGCAUCGCCAGAGGGAAGCGCAGUCUCUGCGCUUGACAAAGAGCACACCGAACUGAAGAGUGCAUUGUGGGCUGCUUUCAGUGCAGCGAGUGAUGUCCGCACAAAGGUGACGCAGGUGGAGCAGAACUUGAACCUGAUACAGAUGCAGUUGCACCAGGCCACCCAGAAAUCAGAAGAGGCGCUCAUAGGCGUGCGACACUGGUCUGGCAUGGUGGAGCAGUGCCGAAUGGAGCAUGCAGCUCUUAAUACACCGUUCUAUGAGCCCCACUUCGCCGCGCAGGCGCAGCAGCGUCUGGCCACGGCAAUGCAAAGCCACAGCUUCGCCGUGCAGUCAAGUGAGCGCCUGCAACAGCACCGCAAAACUGCAGAAGCAGCGGUCAAAGAUGCGGCGGAUGCUGUCACCACGGCCCAGGAGGAACUGCGCGUAUCGGGCAAAGAGGUUGAGGAUGUCGUUGAAAGAGCUGAAGACUUCCUGAAGAGAAACUUGGACCACCUGCCCCAGGUUGUUGAUCCAUGUGGACUAGAUGCUUCCCCGUCCGGCCUCUCCGAUUCCUGGUUCAUUGGGGCACCGUCGGGUAACGGAAGCGUGGGCUCCUCUGUAAUGAGGCAGAUUGGAUGGCGCAAGGUGCACGAUAAGCACGAAAGUCUCAUGCCAGGAAUGCCCGGCAUGAUGCCGAUGUCGAUGCACCCUUUGCCGGACUUCCAGCAGCGCCCAGACUUCCAGCAGCGCGUCAUGACAAUCGAGGACUCCAAGCCGAAGGAGGAGGACCAGCCAAAUGAACUGUUCGGAGAGGAGGAUCAUGACCUUCAAUCGACUGCGGCAUUCAACCCCUUCCCGGAGAGUGGUCAGGCGCACGCAGUAAGUCGCGCUUUGCAAGAAAUAGGUCUUUUAUAG